AUGCCGACCGAGUUCAUCAGCGUAACUUUCCCCAACGCCUCAACGGAGAUCAACCCGAUCCCUGGUGCUGGCGUUGAUCCCGAGUUCCUAGUCCGCUACGCUAAGAACUUGGACGACUACGGCUUCAACUACACACUCGUUCCUUACGGCUCAAACUCAUUUGAUCCCUUCACAAUUGGUGCGACCAUCGCAGCGGUCACCAAGAACGUCAGCGUCAUCAUCGCCUUGCGGCCAAACACCCUCUACCCCACCGUUGCCGCGAAGGCCCUGGCAACACUCGACCAACUCAGCAAGGGCCGUGUCGUCGUGCACUUCAUUGCCGGUGGAAGCGAUGCAGAGCAAGCCAAGGAGGGUGAUUUCCUUUCCAAGGACGAGCGGUAUGGCCGCCUUGAGGACUACAUCAAGAUUCUCCGCCGAGCGUGGGAAUCACCGGAGCCCUUCAGCUGGGAGAGCAAGUACUACACCUUCAAAGACUUUCACAGCAGCGUCCGCCCGACAAAGGGCACAAUUCCUGUUUCCGUUGGCGGUUCAUCCCCUGAGGCCUAUCGUAUUGGUGGUUCCCUCGCCGACAUUUUCGGACUGUGGGGUGAGCCGUUGAAGGAGACAAAGGAACAGAUUGACCGCAUCUACGCCGAGGCCGAGAAGGCCGGCCGCAAGGACCGGCCCCGCAUCUGGGUUACCUUCCGUCCCAUCGUCGCCGAGACGGAGGAGCUUGCAUGGGCCAAGGCACACCGCACGCUCGAUGCGCUCAAGGGAAACGUUUCUGCCGGACAGGGCAAGCCUGGUCAGAACGGACCCGAGCCUCAGAAUGUCGGCUCGCAGCGUCUGCUUGACAUCGCUAAGAAGGGCGAGGUUCAGGACCGGGCGUUGUGGUACCCCACCGUCACUGCGACUAACGCUCGCGGAGCCUCUACGGCACUGGUAGGAUCUCCCAAGACCAUCAACGACUCCAUUUUGGACUAUGUCGAUCUUGGCGCUGAGUUGAUUUCUAUCCGUGGAUAUGACAACCUCAACGAUGCUAUUGACUAUGGUCGCUAUAUUCUGCCUGCGGUCCGCGAGGAGUUGAAGAAGCGUGAGAACGGCACCAAUGGCACGAAUGGCACGAAUGGGGCUUAG